AUGCGCAAAACGAUUUCCCGAGCUCGAGCAUAUUAUGAAUUAAAGGCCGAAUCAAAGAAGGCUCAAGAGGAGACAAUUCGAGCAGCCGGCCUUUACCAGAUGGCCAAUAGUAUAUAUCGAGCGGCCAAAGAGACCAUCAUGUUGGCUGAAGAAAAGCUGACCCAUGAAGGUCAAACAGCCGAAUUAUCUACUGCCUGGCAGGAAAUGCUGAAUCAUGCUACGAUCAGAGUGGCGGAAGCUGAAAAGGAGAAAAGGAAUCGACAAGAAGAGCAUCAUCGGACGGCCAAAACAUUUGCGGAAUUAGAACUCCAGUUACAAAUGAACGAAAAAUUGUACCCGAAGUCAAUAGAAAAGGCGAGAGCUUACUUUGAAAAAAAGACCGAAAUGGAACAGGAACUAGAGCAACAAAAACAAAAUGUAAUCGCUUUACAAAAACGGCUACAAGAAGCAAAGACAGAAUAUUCGAGUGCUCUUAAAAACUUGGAACGGAUAUCUGAAGAGCUACACGAAAAGCGAAAAUUAAAAGCCCUCCUCCAGUACCCACGAGAACCGGGCGUUGGUGCAGAAAGCGAAACUUCAAAAUGUCUCAGCAUUUCUGAAAUGAACUUGGGUUCGUUAACUCUUUCUACCGGAAGUGAUGAAGAAUAUUCGUCUGAGUCGAGCAGCAGUGAGGAUGAUUUUAGCAAAGAUCAAGAUCCAGAUCAAAAUUCACAGAACGAAAUACACAGUGAUUGCGUCGAUAACAUGGAAAUGUCCUUUUUUCCUCGUCCAGAAACACCACUUCCACCGCAGCCACCUACACCUCCCACAACACCAAUAUUCCCAUCAGACUCUCAAUAUCCCCACAAUUUCCGGAUUUGUCUCGCCUCCAUCUUACAGUUUACUCUUCUUCGUCAUCAUCGUCUUUUUCUUCAUCGUCCAUUAUCACUUGUCCAACGACGUCAACGAGUUCGUGGCUGUCAUCUGAUUUCUGUUCCGUUUCACUGA